AUGGCUUGGAAAUUGUUGAUAACCGUUCACAAUUUCAUUGUAUUGGCGCACUGCGUUGACUGGUCAGGAAAAAUCUACCAGACAAACGCGGCUUUAGAAAAAGAAAACCUCAUGUUUUGUUACGAGUGCAAUACAAUGGUAAACGGGAAAAGCUGCAGUGAUUUCACAGACAAGGAGGAGUAUUUGAAAUUCUCUACGAAAUGUACAGGAGAUAAAAAAACAUGCAUGGUGAAACGGUAUUCGUACACGACGAGCAACGAGAGCAACACCUCGGGCCAACAGCUCUGGUCACUGGAACGCAACUGUUCGGGCAAAUGCGAGGACGGGUGCAUCGUGAUCGGCGAACGGAUCAAGAUCUACGCGUGUCAGGCGUGUUGCGAGUCACCGCUGUGCAACGUGUCCAACGGAUCCGACCGUCGGUCCUCCACUCCGUCGUCUGUCGUUUGUCUGGCGUUCUUGUUCCUGCUCCUGAGAACCGCCGUCGAUCAGCUGCAGUUGCCGUCGUCGAAACGACCGUCCGCCACGUUCUUUUCCACUUCCUCGUCGCCCCCCCCAUCGUCGGCUCCAUUCCACUCGCUGUCGUCAGACACGACUAGACACUUGACGAAAAAAAUCGAUACAUAUUUUGUAUUUUUAUCGUCGAACCUAUUCACUUCACGGUUUCUAGCUUUCGACACAUCGUUGGUGGAUUUUUUUUCCUAA